AGUCAUCCAAGAAACGUUUCGUCACAGAAACGCGCGUAUUUCACCACUGUGAAUGUGAGAUUUCUCUCUCGUUAGGACAAUACCGCUAAAAUUUGGACUUAGAGUCCGGAGAUCGUGAAAGCGAAUCAGGUAGUGGAAGCAAUGCAAGGAGGAGCAUCAGGCAUCGGAUAUGGUCUGAAAUACCAGGCUAGGUGCAUAUCCGAUGUGAAAGCUGAUACAGAUCAUACGAGCUUUCUCACCGGCACUCUCAGUCUCAAAGAAGAAAAUGAGGUGCAUUUGAUCCGGAUGUCGUCUGGAGGAACUGAACUAGUAUGCGAGGGCUUGUUUUCGCACCCGAACGAGAUCUGGGAUCUUGCUUCUUGUCCCUUCGAUCAGCGUAUCUUCUCCACUGUCUACUCUACUGGUGAAUCGUAUGGGGCUGCAAUAUGGCAGAUACCUGAGUUGUAUGGCGAGUUGAAUUCUCCUCAGUUGGAAAAAAUUACCCAAAUUGGCGACAAUGUUGGUAAGACUAAGUGCAUUCUUUGGUGGCCAUCUGCAAGGCAUGAUAAGCUGAUUAGCAUUGAUGAGGAAAAUCUUUUCUUGUGGAGCUUAGAUAUGCCAAGAAAAGCCAUCCAGGUACAAUCACAAGAAUCAGCUGGUAUGAUGCACUACUUAUCUGGAGGAGCAUGGGAUCCACAUGAUGUGAACGCAGUUGCGGCGACUAGUGAAUCUUCACUUCAGUUUUGGGAUCUACGAACAAUGAAGAAAACAAAUUCAAUUGAGCGCUCUCAUGUGCGCAAUGUCGAUUACAACCCCAAGAAGCAGCACAUACUUGUCACGGCAGAAGACGAAUCUGGAAUGUGCAUAUGGGAUCUCAGGAAGCCAAAGACUCCCAUUCAGGAGCUUCCUGGGCACACACACUGGACGUGGGCUGUCAAGUGUAAUCCUGAGUUUGAAGGGCUUAUUCUGAGUUCUGGGACAGACUCAACGGUCAAUUUGUGGCUGGCUUCUUCAUCCAGUGAGGAUGAGUUUACAUCUGAAAGACAAGUUGAUUCACCAACUAGAGCAAAUCAGCUAGAGCCGUUACUACAUCCCUACAGUGAUUAUGAAGACAGUGUUUAUGGCCUUGCUUGGAGUUCCCGCGAGCCUUGGAUCUUUGCGUCAUUAUCGUACGAUGGAAGGGUAGUCGUGGAGUCGGUAAAGCCCUUUCUAUCCAGAAAAUGAGAGUUCAAUACAAAUUGCACCAACGCAGUUGGUGGGAUUUACAGCCACCUCUUUUACAUCUUUGCGCAUUUUUCUGUCGUCUUUGGAGGGCGACAAGAAUACUCUUGAAGAAUCGGAUUCUAGUUCCAGAUUUUGUUUAAUCGCCAAGUGAUUUUGUGCCUUUUACAGGCUACAUUUUCCAUUCCCUUUUCCUUGUAUAGUGUGGUCGAACUCUGAGUGAGGGGGUAGUGUAUGAGUCGAACUGUACAAUAAAUGACAGGAAGAUAUUUGAGGACAA